CGCAUGCGCAGGUGGAGCUGACAGAGGAAACAGCCGGGGAGUAGUCAAACACUCUACGAUCAGAGAGAAAGAGGCAGGGGAAAAAAACGAGAGGAGACCGAGAAGUCUGUUUCAGUCGGGGUUUUGUCCCCACAAGACAAUUAUGCUCGUCUCGCCGCCGGCGCUUCCUCUCAGGUGUCCGCUUCCCGGUCGCUGAAUGGCGCUGGUUACCGUGCAGCGUUCACCGACCCCCAGCACCAGCUCCAGCCCCUGCGUUUCGGAGUCCGGUAGCGGGGAGGAUGACCGCCGCUCUCAGCCGAGGAGCAUCAGUGAAAGUUUCCUGACAGUCAAAGGAGCAGCUCUCUUCUUACCUCGAGGAAAUGGGUCCUCCCCUUCUUCUGCCUCUCGCUUCUCCCAGCUGCGCAGCAAACAUGCAGGAGACAUCCAGCAACAUCUACAGACCAUGUUCACGCUCCUCAGACCAGAGGACAACAUCAAACUGGCGGUUCGUUUGGAGAGCGUCCAUGCCCAAAUCACUCGCUACAUGGUGGUGGUGUCAACUAAUGGUCGCCAGGACACCGAGGAGAGUGUGGUGCUGGGGAUGGAUUUUAGUCCUGUAGAUAGCUCAUGUUCUGUAGGGCUAGUUUUGCCCUUAUGGAGUGACACCUUAAUACAUCUGGACGGAGAUGGAGGCUUCAGUGUGUCAACUGAUAACAGAAUACAUGUAUUCAAGCCUGUGUCUGUGCAAGCCAUGUGGUCGGCUUUACAGUCGCUCCAUAAAGCGUGCGAGGUGGCGCGAUGUCACAACUACUUCCCAGGCAGCUUGUUCCUCACGUGGGUCAGCUACUAUCAAAGCAGGGUCUGCUCCGACCAGGCUCGCAUCAACGAGUGGAACGCCAUGCAGGACGUGCAGUCGCACCGCGCCGAUUCACCCGUGCUCUUCUCUGAUGUACCGACAGAAAGAGAGCUGACAGAGCGUCAGAUCAAAACCAGUUUGAGGGAGAUCAUGAUGCAGAAAGAUCUUGAGAAUGUCACUUGCAAAGAGAUCCGAACCGAGCUGGAAAUGCACAUGACAUGCAACCUGAGAGAGUUCAAGGAGUUCAUCGACAAUGAGAUGAUUGUGAUUCUGGGCCAGAUGGACAGUCCUACGCAAAUCUUUGAUCACGUCUUCUUGGGAUCUGAGUGGAAUGCAUCCAAUUUGGAGGAGCUGCAGAAGAGCGGAGUUCAGUACAUCCUGAAUGUAACGAGGGAGAUCGAUAACUUCUUCCCCGGUGUGUUUGAGUACCACAACAUCCGCGUCUAUGAUGAGGAGGCCACUGACCUGCUGGCCUAUUGGAAUGAAACUUACAAGUUCAUAUCUAGAGCCAGGACUUCUGGGUCCAAGUGCCUGGUGCACUGCAAAAUGGGAAUCAGUCGCUCUGCAGCUACAGUGAUCGCGUAUGCGAUGAAGGAGUACGGCUGGGAUUUGAAAAAAGCCUUUGAUUAUGUCAAGGAGCGUCGAGCUGUGACCAAACCCAACCCCUCAUUUAUGCGACAGCUGGAGGAGUAUCAGGGCAUACUCCUGGCCAGUAAGCAGAGGCACAACAAACUGUGGCGUUCUCACUCCGAUAGCGAUCUGUCCGAGCACCACGAGCCGCUGUCUAAGUCCUAUGCCCAGCCCCACAGCCUGGGUCGCUCAGACCCCCACAACCAGGUCAACGACGCGCCCGGUCCCUCCGUGAAAGAACUGCUGGAAUCGCUGGGAACUUCCGCCGGCGCUGGCAAAGCCACACACUCCACCAGCCAGCCCGACACUGGCAUCCAGUCCAAUAAGCCCAGCUCUUCUUCCGUGGGGGCGACGGGUCUGUCAGGUCAGGCCGAAGCUCGAAGCCUCGAGGCUCUUCCUCGUUCUGCCGUAGCCCAGAGCAGCAAGCUGGACCCCCGCUGCUCUGAAUCCACAGCUGGUUCUGUGUCUCUGUCAUGUCCCCGGCUCUCCAACGGCUUACCCGGCUCUCAGGAGCAGUCCUCAUCUCAGCCGCUCUCCCAGCCGAGGGCUGCCACCGUGGUGCCCGAGCCUCAAAAGACAGACAUGGUUACUGUUGCACAAAGUGUUUCGGUGGGGCAGCCUCACCCGCCUCCCUCCCUCCACCUUCUCCCCCUCUCCCCCGCUCCGUCCCCAACUCCGACCGGCAUGGAGGAGGUCAGCAAACCGCAGGCGUUGUCCUGCUCCCCGCCUGUGACAAAGCCAGCGCUAGUCUCGGUGCCUGAGUCCAUGUCAACGCAAACACCAAGCACACAACAGGCCGGUCCCCGCAGUCUGUCUCCGCAACUGCUUGUCGAUAAAACGGACUGCGACCAGCAGAUAUGCGGCUCGUCUCUGAACGGCUCAACUAACAAUAUCCUCAGCUAUCCCAGUGCCAUUCCGCACGACAACGUGUUGUUGUUCGGCCACAGUGGAGACCACAUCAACUUUUUCAGUGCCAGGGAAAAGUUCAAGGGCAUGAGUCAAGAUGGUAAAACGCUCUGCGCUGCAGGGCAGCCGCCGCCCCUGCUGAAGAGUUGCGGCAAAGAGAAUCAACCGCCACCACCUCAGGAGGUCUCUGCUAGUCAGGGGAAGGAGGAGGAGAAAAGAAAGGAAAUGCAUGUUCCUGUGCAGGUCACAGGACUAAAGCCCGUAGAGACUUCACCUCUUGCGCCUAUCAGCCAACAAGAGCCUCAAGACGCCCAGGACCAGGAGAGAAAGGAGCUGAAGCAGGAAAUGGAAGACGGACACGUUUCAACGCAGAAGGAAGCCGAGAACGUAAAGGAGGAAGUGAAAAACAAAGACGAGGACGAGGAAGCGGCGCCCGCUCGCCUCUACAGCGACUGGACCAGGGGGUCUGUGCGGCGGGUCACGCAGCAGCUGGAGCAAAGAAUGAAACAGAAGCAGGAGGCUCCGUCGCCUUCGUCCUCUCCGCCGGCCCUCUCCGGUGGCACCUCCUGCCCUCAGCGCCGUCCUCACAGCAUCCAUUCUGCACCCGUGUCCAAUACCCACGAUGCAUCGAGUUGCUCGCAGGAGGCGGCAGAAAGAACGGCGCGAGAGGAGCAGGUAGAGGAGGAUGGGAAGUUCGGACCGGCUAAACGGGAGAGUGCUAAGACGGGGGCCCUGGGAAGUAAUGACAAUACCACAAAGGGACAUAAAUUCCAUCCCGCUGAUAAUGCGUUCCUCUCUACCUCUUCUCCUUUCCACCACUCUGCCCAGUCUCCCUUUGCCUCCGUGAACUUCUUGUGUCUGGAGGGCGUGACCGAGCUCGAGUCAGUCACAGACAGGGACUAUUCCGCAGAGGCGCCCCACGGUGAUAUCAUCAUGAGGGAAACAUGGGAGACUCUGUGUGAGCUGGGGGCCUUCCUGCAGCAGGUGAGCAUGGGUGGAACUUGCAAGUCCAGGCGCGUGGACCAGAAGCGAAGCAGCAGCAUCCAGAAGAGGGCCCGAGAGGUGGAAGCCAGGAUUCGGCAGGCGGGGCUGACUCCCCCGUCCCUCAUGAAGCGCUCGGCCUCUCUGGCCAAGCUGGGCUGCCUGGAGCUGCUCGCCAACGACCUGAGCGAGUGGGAGCUCAGCCGAUCCGCUGUAGCUCCGCCCUCGGCGCAGCCGCCGGUCCACGCAGUCAGCGACGAAUCCAAGAAGCAGCGGGUCCACGGCUCUCCUUCCUCAACCGACCAGCAGCCGCAAGUCCAGGAGGUCGGUGCGAAGAGGCUCUCCGAAGCUGGGGAAACCUCCCCAGGAGUCUCUCUACCGGCGCGUCACAGUCCGCAGAGAGAAAAAGUCCCGAUCGCCGGCCAGGAUUCCCUGCACUCGCUCGGCCCGACGCUCUUGACAACAAGGCAGCAAUAUGGAAGGACUCACCCACUGAGGCGGCUUAAGAAAAGAACUAUCCACCAAGAGCCUCAGUGCGAGGACAGUGACAAGGCUGUGACGGUUAACUGAAACUUAAACUAGGAGACGAAUUCAGCAGAAGUGCUUAAAAGGCAGCAAAAACAAUCAUCCCGACGUUCACGUUUCAGACGUUAAAUACCCGAGCCUGCACGGCCUCACUCUCCGCAUCAUUGCUGGUUUCUCCUUCCUCAACUUGACGUGUACUUGAUCGCCAUUGGUUGAUUGACUCGUCCAACCUGACGUCAGGUGGAAUGUAGCCUCGGUUUUUAUUCUCCUCCUUCUUUCAUGUCUCCUCAUCGACAUUUGCUGGUGGUGCUGAAUGAUGAUGCAGCUCUUCCUCUGGUACAAUCUGACAGUUAGAGGAACCACGCCCAAAAUCACUUCAAAAAAGAUUCGUUUCAAAAUUACCACAUGAUAAUAACAGAUUUAAUGUGGCAGAAAUAUCAAAUCAGUCAAUUCAAACCAAAGUCCUCAGGUUGACCCGCACACAUCACACAUUCGUAUUCCCUCGAGAAUCGUGGAUCCGGAGCUGGUGAUGGGAGCUGGAAAUAGUUGCACACCACUUUAUUGAAACACAAUUUUAUAAGGAAAGACGUGCUUUAGUUUUAUUUUUUGUUUCGUUUUGUUUCUGAAUUCACAAUACCUCAGUAAGUCAACCAAAUCUGAGCUGCACAAACGUCAGGCUCUGAGAUCCUGGAAUGUCCUUCUCAAUCAGAAAACUGUUUUAACUUCGCCUCUGGAUAAACUUAGGUUGUCGGUCUUUUGUCCUCUCACAGUUCUGUUGCCACUCGUUUUUUAUUCACAUAUUUUUCAGUGUGGGACGAAAGGUUAGGUUAGAGUAGGGGGUCGGGAGUUAAAGGCAGAUUGUAUAUUUGUAAGUUUUCUUCUCCGUUCUCUUUGGGAUGUAAAGGUCUAUCUUGUGAGUGUUGAAGUUUUAGGAAAUCGACGUGUUUUUAUAUCUGGUUUGUGUCUGUGCGUGGGUGCGACUGUGUAGCACAACUUUACCAUGUGGGUGUGUACAUUUUUUUUUUUUUUUAAUCUUUUUGUACACUUUUUAGGAGUGUGCCUGUGACUGGCAAAUGAAGCUUCUCUGCAGUCUAUCAGAAAUGUCUGUACAGGGAGGGCUGUCAUACAUGCACUUUACUCCCGUUUUCAUUUUAAAUGUGGCUUCUUUUUUUUAAAAAAAAAAUGUGUGUUUGCUACUUUUGGGGAGCAUGCUUAGUUGGUAGCAGCUGUUGGGUAUGUGUGUUUAUCGUCAAAAACUUUUUUGGUUUAUUUUAAACUCCGUGUAAAUAGUCUUUUAUAUUAUGUGCUUCAACUGUGACCAUUAAACAAUGGAAAUUAUUAA